AUGAGCAGACCCGGAGAUUGGAACUGUCGAUCAUGCACCCACCUCAACUUCCAACGCCGUGAUUCUUGCCAGCGAUGCGGCGACUCUCGUUCCGGCGCUGGCGGAGGAGUCGGUGGCUUAGACUUUGGUGGUUUCGGCGGCAGAGCUACGUCUACUUUCGGAUUCACCACCGGCUCCGACGUUCGUCCAGGUGACUGGUACUGCACCGUCGGAAACUGCGGGACUCACAACUUCGCCAGCCGCUCCACGUGCUUCAAAUGCGGCACUUUCAAGGACGAAACCGUCGGUGGUGGCGGAGGCGCUGGAGUCGGCGGUCCGGCCAUGUUUGAAGCCGACGUUAUGAGGUCUCGAGUCUCCGGUAACGGUGGCCGUUCCAGCUGGAAAUCCGGCGACUGGAUUUGCACUAGGAUUGGUUGCAAUGAGCAUAACUUUGCAAGCAGAAUGGAAUGCUUCAGAUGCAAUGCACCAAGGGACUUCAGCAACAGAACUACUUUCUAA